AUGUCUGCAUCGGAUAAAACUAAAAUAAAUAAAAAAGGCCAUCUAUCAUCUGGUGUCUAUGUACCAGUGCCAACAUUUUUUACUAAAGAUGACAAUGAAGAACUAGAUUUACCAACAUUAGAAAAACACGUUGACUAUCUUUGUUCAAGUGGAAUAAUGGGCAUUGUUUUUCUUGGUUCAACAGGUGAAGCUGUUCAUUUAUCCAAUGAGGAACGAGUAGAAGUAAUACGAACCGGUUCAAAAUUAAUAAAGGAAAAGUAUCCAACAUUGAAAAGCAUUGCAGGCUGUUCAGCACAAUCUGUUCGUGGUACUGUACAAUUAAUCAAGGAGGCUGCUAAUGCCGGAGCUCAAUAUGCACUUGUUUUAACACCAAGUUAUUAUUUGGCAUGGACAGAUGCUAAUAUUAUUAAAACAUUUUAUACGAGUGUAGCCGAUCAAGCACCAAUACCAAUUAUUAUUUACAAUUAUCCAGGUGUAACACAAUUAAUUGAUAUUGAUGCAAAUGCUAUCAUUGAAUUAGCACGUCAUCCAAAUAUUGUCGGUAUUAAAUGUACAGAUGGAAAUGUUGGAAAAGCAGGUUAUCUCGUUGAACAUACGCAUGAAGUGGAUUUUACAAUCAUGGCCGGUUCAGCUGAUUCAUUUUUUCCAUUUUUGGCUGUCGGUGCUCAUGGAUGUGUACCCGGAUUUGGUAAUAUUGCACCACGUGCAUGUGUUCAAUUACAAAACUUAUGGAAUGAAGGUAAAAUUAAAGAAGUACAAGAAUUACAACAAAAACUAAUUGGAUCCGAUCAUGCACUAUUUCGUUUCUAUGGUGUAUCUGGACUAAAGAGUGCUCUUGAAAAAGUACGAGGUUAUGGUGGAAAAGCAAGAAAUCCAAUGAGAUCGGUAACAAGUGAUGAACAAAAGAGAGUAUUAGAUGGAAUUAAAGUAGGAUUGGACAUCGAAACAACAUUAGAGAAUAAUAAGAAAUGA